AUGAUAGGAAAUCCGACAAACUUCCAACACACAGGGCAUAUAGGAAGCAGGGAUGUGGAAAUUCCAGGUGAGCAGCUGAUAGCCCUUCAGAAUCAAAUGAAGAGUAAAGGCGGCUAUGAAACGACUUACAAGGUAGUGUAA